AUGUCUGCUGGGGUCGAGCCUGUCGGUCAGGGACAGAUCCCACAGGGUACUACGGGCGUGUCGAGCUCUCAAACUCCGAUAGUUUCAGAAGUAUCUACCUUGACUGUACCCACCAUACCUACCCCUACAGUAUUCACGGUGCCACCAGCGGUACCACCUAUGGCAUACCCAACACCUCCUCCAGCCGUGCCUACUGCGUACCCGACACCACUGCCACAUGUUCCUACUACGUACCCAGCACCACCACUACUUGUGCCUACUACGCACUCGGUACCACUGUCACCUGUGCCUGCUACUGCAUACUCGACACCCGCACUAGCAAUACCAGUUGCUCCUUAUUCGGUACCACCACCUAUGGUGCCUCCAGUCUCUCUUGCCUAUAUUUUGCCUGCAGUGCCACCAACGGUACCUGCCCCAGCUUAUGCAGCAGCACGAGGGGUACCUUCCCUGGCCUAUCCAAUGGUACCCCUUGUAGUACCGACUCUAGUGGUUCCACCAGUUCCCACAGCGAUCCCUACACACCUUACCGAUAUAAUUGCGGCAUGA